AACGAAACCAGUGACUGUCAGCACAAGCCAGUGAGUGCCACUGACCACGUAUAUUCAGUCCGCCUUGUUGCCUUGUGCUUGUAUCAACUUAUCUUCGUGAGCAGUGUUUAUUUUCCCGACUUGCUAUUAAAAAAAAAAAAUUGUGAAAAUGGCGAUGAAUUGUGGAAUAGAGUGCAUAAAAUAUCUUCUAUUCGUAUUUAACUUCAUUUUUGCAAUCUGUGGUUUGGCGUUACUUACUGUUGGCGUAAUUUUCUACAUUAAAAUCCACGAUGUUUCUUCAGCGAUGGGUGAAGGCUUUCCACCUUCAGUUCCUAUAUUCUUGAUUGUACUCGGUGCAAUAAUCUUUAUCAUUGCCUUCUUUGGAUGCUGUGGAGCGAUUCGAGACAGUCAUUGCAUGGUCGUCACUUUUGCAGUAUUUUUACUUACUAUUCUCGUGAUUCAAGUGGCUAUUGCCGUUUAUGUUUACAUACAAAAAGUAGAUGAAACGAAAAUUGAAUCAGCAUUUAAGACACAAAUCUUUGAUAAAUACUAUAAGGAAACUGAAGCCAAGGAUAUUGUAGAUGCUAUACAAUCUUCACUCAAUUGCUGUGGUAUCAGAAGCUCAUCUGAUUACUCCGGUCUUGGUCCAAUUCCUGGAACUUGUUGUGGAAAUGCACCUAGUGCUACAUGUACUGGUUCUAACAAUAUUUACAGAGAAGGUUGUGGUACAAAGAUUUCAGAUCUAUUUAAAACGGCAUUGAAAACUCUAGGAGGUGUUGCUGUUGGUGUAGCAAUUGUGGAGUUGCUUGGAAUCAUUUUCUCAUUGUGUUUGGCCAAUGCAAUACGCAAUGAUGAACGCAGAGCAUAUAGAGUUUAAGAAAGCCACAAAUAAGUUCUAAAUUUCAAUUAAGAAAUUCUUAACAGGCUAAUCCGUCUAUUUCAAUUCACUUCUCAUAUUAAAAAUUUAUAUUUUGAAAGACAAUAGAAUUGUCAUUAAAAGUGUUUGAUUUAUAAGUUGAAAAAAAAUUUCUAUCUCUACUAGAAUAAUAUUUCUGUGCCUUGGAAUUUUUGUAAAAGAUGUACCUGUAUACCGCCGAAAAGUGAUACUCCAUCCAAGACAAAAAAAAAAUGUAAAAUCAACGACGAAAUAUUUUGGCAUCGAGAGAUUUUUUAAUUCCCAUUACAAGAAUUGCCUCUCGAGACUUAUUAUUAUCUCUUUCAAAUUUGAUAUUUAAAAUUGCAAUUCUUGUCAAGGGAUUACGAUUUAUAAUCUCGCGUCUACUGUAACCUGUACAAAUUGAUUAUUUGCAAAUGGGAAAAAGUUUAUGAUUGUGCUGCGCACAAAUAUGUCUCGACUUUAAUGAAAAAUUUAUUCAAGUUUCUUUUUUUUUUUUAAAAAAAUUAAUCUUAUCGUUUGCAGAACUCUGUUAUUAUAUUAUAUAAAAUAUAAUACAAUAUUUUAAUGAAAUCUGCAAACUUUUUGUUACAAAAAUAUUAGAAAUUAAGUUUAUAAAUUUAUAUAUAAAAUUAUAUAGUGCAGAGUCAGAGUAAUUUCAAAUAUGUGUACGUUUAAAAGAGUACAUGCAAUUAACUUCUUUUAUGUGUCGCACGUACCUCAUAAAUUUUGACAUGUUUAAACUUAUUUAAUGCCUUUGUACGUCUUAAUAAAAUUAUUUUUCCGAA